AUGGAUUUCACGGCCGCCCCGGCACCGUUUCUGCCGAUCGCCGGCGCUGAGCCGACGGUUCCGUGGCCUCGCUGGAUCCGUAUGUUCGAACAUUUUUUGUGUGCCGUUGGAGGGGAUGCGUUCGCUCCGGCACGCCGCCAGGCAGUGCUUCUGACGUGCCUUGGAGCGGAGGGCCAGCGGGUCUACGAGUCCCUGCCGCCCUGUGUUAAGGAGGAGGGGGAGGACGACUUUGCUUUCACCCGUCGUCGUCUGGAGGGGCACUUUGCCCCCAGGCAGAACGUGUGCGUCGAGCGCUACCGUUUCCGUAGCCGAGCCCAGCACCAGGGAGAGACAACGGUCCAGUGGGUCUCCGUACUGCGCCAGCUGGCCAGUACCUCCUCUUCCUCCCACGCUACUCCGGAACCUGCUGAGCCUCCCAGCCACCCUGCGGAGCCUGCCGACCCACCUGCCUCACCGUCCGGGAUCCAGCCUGCCAUCCUUGGCUACCAACACCGUGUCACCGUCAGUCCUGAGGUGGCACCUGUGCGGCAGCCUCUUCGCCGGCUGCCCCUGGCAGUGGUUGAUGAGGUGAGUGCCAGACUGAAGGAGCUCGAGAGCCAGGGGGUGAUCGAGAAGGUGAGUGCGUCCCCCUGGGUCUCACCCCUGGUGGUCGGAAGGAAGCGAGAUGGGUCCAUCCGCCUAUGUGUUGAUAUGAGGCGGGUAAACAAGGCGGUCAUCACUGAUGGGUACCCUCUCCCCAGGAUCGAGGAUGUACUUGACCGUCUGAGUGGCUCUCAGGUGUUCUCCAGGCUAGACCUGAAGGACGCUUAUCACCAGCUGGAGCUCCACCCGGACAGCCGUGACCUGACAACGUUCGUCAGUCACCUGGGGUUGUUCCGCUUUACCCGGGUGAACUUCGGGCUCGCCAGCGCUGGACCUUGUUUCCAGAAGGUGAUGGCCUCCAUGCUGGAGGGGAUCCCAGGAGUCGAGGUGUACUUGGAUGACAUCCUGGUCCACGCUCGCUCUCAGGCCGGGCACGACGCUCGGCUGAAGGCUGUGCUCCAGUGUUUCGAUGCCCACAGGGUUCGUGUGAACUGGAGCAAGAGCGUCACCAACCAGAGAGAGAUCGGUUUUCUCGGGUACCAGAUCUCCGGUGACGGUGUCCGUAUCGACCCGGAGCGGCUCCGGCCUCUGCUGGACGCGCCCGAGCCCCGGGACGAGAAGAGCCUCCGCGCCUUCCUCGGAGCCGUGGGCUAUCAUGCCCGGUUCCUUCCGAGGUUCUCUGAUGAGGUCGAGCCUCUGCGCGCUGCGCUCAGGGCAGACGCCUUUGAGUGGACGGCCGCGCUGUCGAGCGCGGUCCGCCGCGUCAAGGACGCGAUCAGGCAGGCACCCGCGCUGGGGAUGUUUGACGUUUCUCUCCCCACGGUGCUCUCCACCGACGCUAGUGACGUCGGCUGCGGUGCCUGCAUCACGCAGGUUGACGCCUCGGGGGUGCCGAGGGUCAUCACCUACGCCUCCAAGACCUUCACAGCAGCCGAGCGGAACUACUCUGUGGUAGAGAAGGAAGCUCUGGCCUGCGUGUGGGCGACGGAGAAGUUUCGGCACUACCUGUGGGGGCGCCGGUUCACCCUGCGCACCGAUCACCAGGCGCUCUGCACAAUCUUCGGGCCGAAGGGCUCCAACCGCGUCGGCCGGCGAGUCGCGCGGUGGGAGGCCCGCCUGCUGGAGUUCGCCUUUGAUGUGGAGUAUGUGCGGUCCGAGCACAACGGGGUGGCGGACGGCCUGUCCCGCCUCCCAGUAACGGACACCUGGUGGCCGGACGACGAUACCAUUCAGAUCGCCUCGCUCGGAGUGGCGGCGGCGGCCGUCACAGAGGCAGAGUUCCGUGCUGCCUCGGACGCGGACGAGACCCUGCGAGCCGUCCGCGGGUUCGUGGCUGGGCAGUGGCCCCGCCGGAAGGAGAUCGACCCGUCGUUGGCUGGUUUCUACCAGGUGCGGGAGGAGCUGUCCCAGCACGGCCAGCUGCUAUUCCGCGGUGAGCGUCUCGUCGUGCCGGAGACGCUCCGUGAGCGCGUCCUCAGGAACGCCCAUGAGGGCCACCAAGGGGUGGUCCGCACCAAACAGCGCCUGCGCGCGCAGUUUUGGUGGCCUCGGCUGGACCGAGAGGUGCGAGAGCAGCUGAGGGGCUGUCAGGUGUGCUCCCAGCAUGACGAGCAUGUUCGCAGGGAGAAGCCACCUCUGCAGCCCAUUCCCCUGCCAGAGGGCCCGUGGGAGAGGCUGAUGGUGGACAUCAUCGGGCCGAUGCACGGUCCGCCGACCGAGAGGUACGGCAUCGUGCUCUGCGACCUCUACAGCCGGUGGCCAGAGGUCGCGCUCUGCUCUGACGCGACGGCGAGCACGAUCAUCCAGUUCUUGGAGACGCUAUUCGCUCGCGAGGGGCUCCCGCUCGAGCUCAUUUCUGACAACGGCCCAGCGUUCAGAUCGGCAGAGCUCCGAGCAUUUCUGACGAAAUGUGGUGUGCGGCAGACGUUUAGCUCGCCGUACUCGCCGCAGACGUGCGGACUGGUCGAGCGGUUGAACCGCACGAUAAAAGGGGCCAUUCAGUCGGCUCGGCUGGCGCGGGAGCCGCGCUCACCCUACCUGCGUCGGUUCCUGGGUGAGUACCGCGCCACUCCGCACCCCGCCACCGGGGAGACGCCGUUCCGCUUGAUGAGGGGGCGGGAGGCGCGCACGACCCUGGACGUGCUGAAGCGGGACGCGCCCACCGGAAACAGCCGGAAACGCGCGGUACGCCGGCGGCACCGCCGCUAUCAGUCGGCGUACAAGAGGAGGUACGAUCGCACCGCGACCGCCGCCCCCAGGUGGGAGGCAGGAGACUGGGUACGGGUUCGUAAGCCAGUCAGCGGUCGGGUCGAAGGCCAGCCGGCGGUCCAGAUCCGGGAGAGGACCGGCCCUGUGAGCUACAGGUCGCCGGCGCCGGGCUCCUGA